CAAUCCGCGAAGGAGCGGGCUUUCCGUCAGCAGCAAGGAAGCUCCUUCUCUUUCCUUUUUUUCAUCGUUUGCUUUUGAACCUUCUUAUGGACCGAAGCGGGCCUAGGAGUGACGUGCUUGCGGAAUCGGGUUAACGUAUAAAGCAUUCACUUGCUUUUGAGCAGAAUCUUUUUAAUGGCGCACAUCAGUAUAAACCAAUAUUUGCAGCAGGUAUUAGAAUCUAUUGACAGCAGGGAUGGAUUAUUUUGUGCAGAAUUAGUGUCAUUUAAACAUCCUCAUGUUGCAAAUCCUAGACUUCAGCUUUCAUCUCCAGAAGAAAAAUGUCAACAAGUGCUGGAACCACCCUAUGAUGAAAUGUUUGCUGCCCACUUAAGAUGUACUUACGCUGUUGCCAACCACGACUUUGUAGAAGCUUACAAAUGCCAGACAGUUAUAGUACAAUCUUUCCUGAGAGCUUUUCAAGCACACAAAGAAGAAAACUGGGCUUUGCCUAUUAUGUAUGCAGUAGCACUUGAUCUUCGAAUUUUUGCUAAUAGUGCUGACCAACAGCAAGCAAAGAAAGGGAAAGGGAAAAUUGGUGACAUGUUGGAAAAAGCAGCAGAACUUCUGAUGAGCUGUUUCCGAGUCUGUGCCAGUGACACUCGAGCCGGCAUUGAUGAUUCCAAAAAGUGGGGCAUGUUGUUCCUGGUGAAUCAGCUGUUUAAAAUUUAUUUUAAGAUCAACAAGCUUCAUCUGUGCAAACCACUGAUUAGAGCAAUUGACAGCUCGAAUCUUAAAGAUGAAUAUAGCAUGGCACAGAGGGUUACAUACAGAUAUUACGUUGGACGGAAGGCCAUGUUUGAUAGCGAUUUUAAGCAAGCUGAAGAGUAUCUGUCUUUUGCCUUUGAGCACUGUCACCGCUCCAGCCAGAAAAACAAAAGGAUGAUUUUGAUUUAUUUGCUGCCAGUGAAAAUGUUACUGGGCCAUAUGCCGAUGAUCCAGCUUUUAAAAAAAUAUGACCUCAUGCAGUUUGCAGAAGUCACAAAGGCUGUGAGUGAAGGGAACCUGCUUUUAUUGAAUGAUGCUCUGGCAAAACAUGAGACGUUUUUCAUUCGCUGUGGUAUCUUCCUUAUCCUUGAGAAGUUGAAAAUCAUCACCUACAGGAAUCUCUUCAAGAAAGUGUACUUGUUACUGAAAACUCACCAGCUGUCUCUAGAUGCCUUUCUGGUUGCCCUGAAAUUCUUGAAAGUCAAUGAUGUUGAUAUUGAUGAAGUCCAGUGCAUUCUAGCUAACCUCAUAUACAUGGGUCACAUUAAAGGCUAUAUAUCACAUCAGCAUCAGAAGCUUGUUGUCAGCAAGCAAAAUCCAUUCCCUCCACUUUCUACUGUCUGCUGAAUCCACUGUGACCAAGAUGGAGAUGUGCGGUGCAUGAACACAGGUUGCCAUUGGGGCAGCCUUCUUCACAGGAUGGAAGUGGCUGUGCGUUUCCCCCAAACCUGUUGGAGUUCCCAUUAGUUAAGAGAGGUCUACAACACAAAAUGUAAUGGCUUGGAUCCAUCAUUUCCUCCUGCUGGCAGGGAAGGUCUGGCCCAUGCUGGGUGGUGGUGAUGGAAGCGAUCUUUGGUGAUUUCACUCCUCCUCUUGCACCACCUCCAGCAGUGGUCCCCAAACCCUCUGGAGCAGAUUUUCAUUGCAGGUUGGUGAGAGAGAGGUUUAAUGACUCCAGGGGGAGGGAGAAAUGGCAAAGAUUGCCUCUUCCCUGGUUCCACCUGCAAAAAUGCUUUGCUGGAUCAGAAACCUUCUGAUAGAAGGACCACUUCUGUCCACAGGGGGUAGACCCAAUGACUCUGUGCAGAAGCCUUCAAUAAAUGCAAUGUUUUUAAAAAUAUACCUUCUGUUGAAUGCCCUUUGUUAAGUGUCAGCUCAUAAAUGUUACUGAAGUUGGCAGUGUCAAAAAUAUAAUUUGUACUGAUGUCUUUGUAUCCUUAUAUUACAAGACUGUUUCACAAAUAACAGUAAAUAUUCAUCUUGUAUGUGUGUUUAAUUGAAAUCAUAUGAAGGGGGAUAGAAGAUAAUAUUCAAGGCAAAAAUCAGGAGGAUGCAAACUCUUUAAAAAUUGAAUUUCAGGAAACUCUUUUUGUGAGAUGUGUCCUCAGACAAGUUCAUUUGUAAGACCUACUUUUGAAAUGAUUGUCUGCAGUACUCAAACGGAUUAAAUUUACAAAGAAAUAA